GAUAGGAGCAGGUAUAUAAGGGGCCUGGGGCGCAACCGACCAGACAACGAAUGCGACCAGUUCCAGACAACACAUCAGGUGCGAGUGGACUGUGGGCUCCUGUAGACCUGGCGCGGGGCGCUUCGGCAAACCUGUUCUUCCCGCUUGACCCGCCGGCCCACCGGCCCCUGAGCGCCCCUCGGACGGAGGCCCCAGGCCUUUUCACAGUGGCUGCUCCAGCCCCCGGAGCGCCUUCUCCUCCCGCCACUCUGGCGCACCUUCUUCCCGCUCCGGCCAUGUACAGCCUGCUGGAGACUGAACUCAAGAACCCCGUGGGGCCAUCCACUCCAGGGACGGGAUCUGGCGGCCCCGCAGCUCCAGGCAGCGCAGGCAAGAGUAGCGCGAACGCAGCCAGCGGAGCGAACGCAGGCGGCGGUAGCGUGGGUGGUGCGAGCAGUGAUCAGGAUCGGGUGAAGAGACCCAUGAAUGCCUUCAUGGUGUGGUCCCGCGGGCAGCGGCGUAAGAUGGCCCUGGAGAACCCCAAGAUGCACAACUCUGAGAUCAGCAAGCGCUUGGGCGCUGACUGGAAACUGCUGACCGACGCCGAAAAGCGGCCAUUCAUCGACGAGGCCAAGCGACUGCGUGCGGUGCACAUGAAAGAGUACCCGGACUACAAGUACCGGCCGCGCCGCAAGACCAAGACGCUGCUCAAGAAGGACAAAUACUCCUUGCCAGGCGGCCUCCUGCCUCACGGCGCCGCCGCCGCGGCCGCCGCCGCAGCCGCCGCCGCGGCCGCCAGUAGCCCGGUGGGCGUGGGCCAGCGCCUGGACACUUACACACACGUGAAUGGAUGGGCCAACGGAGCGUAUUCACUGGUGCAGGAGCAGCUGGGCUACGCGCAGCCCGCCACCAUGAGCAGCCCGCCGCCGCCCGCGUUGCCUCAGAUGCACCGCUACGAAAUGGCAGGCCUGCAGUACAGCCCCAUGAUGCCACCCGGCGCCCAGAGCUACAUGAACGCCGCCGCCGCUGCCGCAGCUGCCUCAGGCUACGGGGGCAUGGCGCCCUCAGCUGCCGCCGCCGCGGCAGCCGCCUACGGGCAACAGCCCGCCACCGCCGCUGCCGCGGCAGCUGCCGCCGCCGCCAUGAGCCUGGGCCCAAUGGGCACGGUAGUGAAGACGGAGCCCAGCUCACCGCCGCCCGCCAUCACAUCGCACUCGCAGCGCCCGUGCCUCGGAGACCUGCGCGACAUGAUCAGCAUGUACCUGCCACCGGGCGGGGACGCGGCUGACGCUGCCUCGCCGCUGCCUGGCGGUCGCCUGCACACCAUACACCAGCACUACCAGGGCGCGGGGACUGCCGUCAACGGAACCGUGCCGCUGACCCACAUCUGAAAACCGGCCUGCACUCGCCACCCCUG